AUGAUCCUGAAGGCUGUGAUCAUGUCCCUGGCCCUGGUGGCUGGCAGCAGUGCCCUGCAUGAGAUAAAAGAUGACGAUCUCGACACUGUGGUUAGUGCUGAUGAAGUUGCCACCGUGGUGUGGGACUAUUUCAGCCAGCAGAACUGCGAUGCCAAUGACUCUGUGAACCAGAUAGCUGAACUGACCCAGAAGCUCAAAGCCCUCUUCCAGGAAAGCAUCGUUGCAGUAGUCUAUAACCAGUCUUUUCCCGAAGAGAUAGAGAACGAUCUAGUGCCCUUUGCCAUAGACCUGCACAAGCUCUUCCCCAAGGACUUAAAGAGAAAAAAGGAUGAGAUCCAGAAGGAGUUGAAAGACUUGCAAGCUGACAUGAAGUCCCACUCCCAAGAAGUGAAAGAGAAGAUGAAAGAGAACGUGCACCUAAUGCAGAAGCAGUUGGAGCCCUACUCGAAUGUGCUCAAAGACUGUGUUGACAGCAUGAGUGAUUUAAAUGCUCAGAUAAUAAAAAUCAAAAAGGAGUUGGAGAAGGGGCUGAGUGACGAUACAGACGGCCUGACGGCCUUGAUGUCUUCAUUGCCCAACAAGAUCAAGAAGCACAUCACCAAGUACCUGUUUGAAUUGCAGUCGAUCCUGAUGGCACUUGAGUACGAAAUAAAGAAGACAAUCAGCCAGUCCAUGAUGGAGCUGAGGCGUAGCCUGAUCCCUUUUGUAAAGGAUACGCAGAAACUCGAAGACCAGCUGGAGGGCCUCUCCUUCCAGUUAAAGAAGGAAGUACUGCAGCUGAUGGCCAACCUCUCUGCCAGGAUCCAGGAAGUAUGGAAGCAGCUGGAUCCCCUGCCUGAGGCCAUGUUGAAAGACACCACCAAUGAGCUGACAAAGUCUUUGACUGAACUAAACAGUCUAGUAGUCAAGCAGGCUGAAGAAUUUCAGCACAAGGUAUCACCUUAUAUUGGGACAUUCAAUAAAGUGAUGGUGCAGAAAGUAGAAGAAUUUGGGCAGAAGCUGGCCCCACAUGCAAGCUACAUGGACGAUCACUUGAUCUUCCUGGAGAAGGACCUGAAGGACAAAGUCAUGUCCUUCUUCCACAGCCUCAAGGAGAAUCCAGAUUUGGGCCUAUCCCUGAAGAUAGGGAAAGCACCAACACCUAACCCUUAUGGUGCAGGCACAGAAUCCCACCCUUUAGAGCAGAGCUCCACUUAA